AUGACUAACUGGCUGGAGGAGAUCGAUGCAGGCAGCACAGAGGAGGACAAGGAUGGAGAUGACCUCACCCUGGCAGACUGCAACAUACUGCCCAAGCUACACAUAGUCCAGGCACACCUCAAACUCACAGGAACACAUAGUCCAGGCACACCUCAAACUCACAGGAACACAUUGACACAUACACAUACAUACUCUCACACACACACACACACACACACACACACACACAACACACACACACACACAGACACAUGAACAAACGACAUAUUGUCAAGUUCCACACACACACACAUGCAUUUACACAAUCUCACAUUCAAACAUUGUAUUACCUGGUAUUAUCUGGGGUAUAUUCUGUGUGUGUGCCGUUACCAGGUGGUUGCUAAGAAGAAUCGUAAAUAUGAGAUUCCGUCUGAGCUGGGCGGGUUGUGGCGUUACCUGAAGAACGCCUACACACAAGACGAGUUCACCAACACCUGUGCCGCCGACAACGAGAUAAAGACUGGCCAAGUAACCCCUGACCUCUGA